GUUGAACACAAACGUAUAAAAUGAUGGAGCAACACAAAAAUGUACCAGACUUAAAGUUGUAACACAAUGUUUUCAGCAUUACUUUUGAUCUUGUUUAUGGCUGUGGAUUUUUCCAUUUCUGAAGAGUGUUAUAAAUUUAUGACCCGGAUGCAAGAGCUGGAAAAAUGUUGUACUGUCAAGGAUCCGUUUCCGAAGGAAGCUCUCCCGAAAUGCUAUCAAUCAGCGGAGGGAAACGAAGGGGAAAAGAUUGUUUGCGCCGUGGAGUGUAAUUUCCGUGAAAGUGGCAUUCUAGGAGAAAACAACGAGCUGAGCAAGGAAAAAGCCCUGGAAUAUGUGGCCACCAUUGAGGAGGGCGAGUGGCGUGAAAAAACAAAGGAAAUUAUCGAAUCGUGUUGGGCUAAGCUCGAUGCCAUGAAGGAACUGUCCGCCCAAAAACCCGCCAAAUGCCCCCUGCUGUACAUGAUGAUGCAAAUCUGUUUGGGCAAAAAAAUAUUUUUAGAAUGUCCGGCCGCGGAAUGGCACACAACGCCGUUCUGUGAGGAGGCCAAGCAGUCAAAUUGCCUUCAAGAUUGAAACAUGGGAUAAAACAACAUAUUGUUAUAACGUCAUGAAAAUAAAAUAUUUAGGUGCACUUCAUUUUUUGUAACAAAAAAAUCAAUAAAACAAACCAGAUUCAGAU